CCCCCCUCCUCCGCCUGGUAACCGGUGCGGGAGAGAAUGAGCCUCAGUAUCAGCAGCCGCCAUCUUAAUCCUAGCUGCCGCUGGCGGAGCGCUGGGCUCUGAGGAAGGCAGCGGAGCUUCCUCAGCGCCCCUGACCCUCCGCCGCGCGGUGCGGGACGCAGCCGGGCCCGCUGGGGGCGCCCCCUCCCCUUGUCUCUUAGGGGUCAGUUCCCCCUUUCCACACCCCCCCGCCCUCUCUGAGCGGGGAGAGAGCGAGCGAUGCUGCGCCCCGGGAUGCUCUGUCCGCUCCUAACCCCCGCCUGGCUCCUGACCGCUGGGCUGCUUUGCGGCGGGCUCUGGGCUGCUAGAGUUAACAAGCACAAGCCAUGGAUUGAAACGACAUAUCAUGGCAUAGUUACAGAAAAUGACAACACAGUACUUCUGGAUCCCCCCUUGAUAGCCCUGGAUAAAGAUGCACCUCUGCGGUUUGCAGAGAGUUUUGAGGUGACAGUCACCAAAGAAGGUGAUAAAGGAGCAAUAGUACAUAUUCAGGUGAAUGAUGUUAAUGAGUAUGCUCCAGUGUUUAAAGAGAAGUCCUACAAAGCAACAGUUAUUGAGGGGAAGAGGUAUGACAACAUCCUGAAAGUAGAAGCUGUGGAUGCAGAUUGUUCUCCCCAGUUCAGCCAGAUAUGCACCUAUGAAAUUGUAACUCCAGAUGUUCCCUUUGCUGUUGACAAAGAUGGUUAUAUAAAAAACACAGAAAAGUUAAUCUAUGGCAAGGAGCGUCAGUAUAAGCUUACGGUGACUGCAUAUGACUGUGGGAAGAAAAGAGCUGCUGAGGAUGUAUUGGUGAAGAUUAGCAUUAAGCCUACAUGCAAGCCUGGCUGGCAAGGCUGGAGCAAAAGAAUAGAAUACGAGCCUGGGACUGGUUCUUUGGCUCUAUUCCCCAAUAUACAUUUGGAGACCUGUGAGGAACCCAUAACUUCAAUACAAGCAACCGUUGAACUAGAGACUAAUCAUAUUGGGAAAGGGUGUGACAGAGAUACUUAUUCUGAGAAAUCCCUUCACAGGCUCUGUGGCGUUUCCUCUGGCACAGCUGAGCUGCUUCCCCCUCCAAGUAGCACUGCUAACUGGACAGUAGGACUCCCUACUGAUAAUGGCCAUGACAGUGACCAAGUCUUUGAAUUUAAUGGCACUCAAGCUGUGAAGAUUCCAGAUGGCGUCAUCACAGUCAAUCUAAAAGAGCCCUUUAUGAUUUCGGUGUGGAUGAGGCAUGGGCCUGGUACCAAGGAGAAGGAGACAAUACUCUGCAAUUCAGACAAGACAGGUGGCGAACUCCACAUGGCUCAGUUUUUCCGAGGCAAUCUGGCUGGAUUAAUGAUCCGGUCUGGUAAACUGGAGAACAAGAAGGUGAUAGACUGCCUCUAUACCUGCAAGGAAGGAUUAGAUUUGCAAAUUGCUGAUGGCAUUGGCAAAGGCAUGAAGAUUAAUGUGAAUCCCAGCCAGUCAACAUUGACCUUGGAAGGGGAUGAUAUUGACAGGUUUGACAAAGCCAUGCAGCACAUUUCCUACCUGAAUUCCCGCCAGUUCCCAACACCUGGAAUCCGGAGGCUCAAAAUCACCAGCAAUGUCAAUUGGGCAAUCUUGGUUGUGAUCAUUGCAAGUGUGCACUGUGAGGACUUAUCCAGUAUUGGAGCCUUACCUAGUGGCAUAAUCUGUGGAUGGACUGGUAGUGGNCUGUCAUUCUCUUCCCAGGUGUGUGACAAAGAAUGGCAUCAUUAUGUCCUCAGUGUUGAAUUUCCAACAGUGACACUCUAUGUAGAUGGAGUUUCAUAUGAUCCUUUCCCAGUGACUGAGGAUUACCCACUACAUCCUUCCAAAAUAGAAACUCGGCUGGUAGUUGGAGCAUGUUGGCAAGAAUAUACAGGAAAUGAAAAUGACAAUGAAACUGUGCCUGAGACAUCUGCAGGUGGCGAACUCCACAUGGCUCAGUUUUUCCGAGGCAAUCUGGCUGGAUUAAUGAUCCGGUCUGGUAAACUGGAGAACAAGAAGGUGAUAGACUGCCUCUAUACCUGCAAGGAAGGAUUAGAUUUGCAAAUUGCUGAUGGCAUUGGCAAAGGCAUGAAGAUUAAUGUGAAUCCCAGCCAGUCAACAUUGACCUUGGAAGGGGAUGAUAUUGACAGGUUUGACAAAGCCAUGCAGCACAUUUCCUACCUGAAUUCCCGCCAGUUCCCAACACCUGGAAUCCGGAGGCUCAAAAUCACCAGCAAUGUCAAGUGUUUCAAUGAAGAAGCCUGCAUUGCCAUUCCCUUUGUGGAUGGUUAUAUAAUGGUCUUGCAGCCUGAGGAACCCAAGAUCAGCUUGAGUGGCAUCAAUCAUUUUGCCCGUUCUGCUUCAGAGUUUGAGAGUCCAGAGGGAGUUUUUCUCUUUCCUGAGCUUCGCAUAAUCAGCACCAUCACUCGGGAGGUGGAACCAGAGGGCGAUGGAGAUGAGGAUCCUACAGUCCAAGAAUCUUUGGUAUCAGAGGAGAUCAUGCACAACUUGGAUACAUGUGAGGUCACAGUGCUAGGAGAAGAGCUCAAUCAGGAGCAGGAAAGCCUGGAGGUUGACAUGACGCAGUUACAGCAGAAGGGUAUUGAGAUGAGCCGCUCCAACCUUGGCAUGAUCAUCACAGGUGUUGAUACUAUGGCCAGCUAUGAGGAGGUUUUGCACUUGAUACGCUACAGAAACUGGCACACAGUCUCUCUGUUUGACCGAAAGUUCAAGUUGGUCUGCUCUGAGCUUAAUGGUCGCUAUGUUAGCAAUGAAUUUAAAGUGGAGGUGAACAUUAUCCAUACAGCUAACGCAGUUGAACAUGCAAAUCAUAUAGCUGUGCAACCACAGUUUGUUCAUCCAGUGCAUCAUACAUUUGUUGACCUCUCUGGUCACAACCUAGCUAAUCCCCACCCCUUUUCAGUUGUUCCAAGUACUGCUACUAUUGUCAUUGUUGUGUGUGUCAGUUUCCUGGUUUUCAUGAUUAUUCUGGGUGUGUUCCGAAUCCGAGCUGCACAUCAGAGAACAAUGCGUGACCAGGAUACUGGAAAGGAAAAUGAGAUGGAUUGGGAUGACUCGGCCUUGACCAUUACUGUGAAUCCUAUGGAGACAUAUGAGGACCAACACAGCAGUGAGGAGGAGGAAGAGGAAGAAGAAAGUGAAGAUGGAGAGGAGGAAGAUGAUAUCACUAGUGCUGAGUCUGAAAGCAGUGAGGGAGAGGAAGGGGAGCAGGAAGAGGACCAACAGAAUGUUAACAGACAGCAACAGCUGGAAUGGGAUGACUCUACACUCAGCUAUUGAUUCCAGCUGUUCCCUUUGUUUUUUUGUUUCUGCUCUAGAAGACUUCACUGUAAUCCUCUCCAUUGUUCCUAAGGAUCCAUGGUGUAAAAAAGUUAUUUUUCCCAAUAGAGCCAGCCAACCACCCAUCCCAAUAUUUGUGUUAUACUGGCUAGUUCCUAAUGCUGUCUCUAGAACUGUAGUUAGCACCUCUCCUCCCUCACCCAUCCCUCAGUGACUGAAUUUUUUACACUAUGUGAGGAACUACCUUGCACUUUUUUUCUUCAUGUCAUCUCAGCUAAGUAAGUGACUCUACAGAUGUGUAGCCAUUGCACGUGAGUUUCUGGACAGUUUUUUUUUUCCUGGUGAAACAACUUUGGCUUGAUUCAUCUUAUUCUUUCUGAAAGAUGCAAAGGUCACUUGUUGACAAAGGGUAAAGUUGCUUAUUUCAGCUUGGUGAAUUUUUUUCCCCAAACUAGUGCAUGUGUAAAGUGGCAGAAUGAGGUUAACAUGUAGAAGAUUGACUUUUUCUGACUAUUUUGUAAAUAUAUUGAAUUAUGUCAUUUGUGGUAGUAAAAACAGGGACUGGGGUUUAAAACACGCUAACGUAAAAAUCAUGAAGCAUGAAAUAAUACAAGUCGCAUAACUUUUGCAGUGGGAGCACAGGCACAGUUCUCUAGUGUAGAUGUAUUAAUAAUGCAGUGUCAUUGGCCACAACUGCUGUUAUGCUCCUCCCCACUUUGUUUUUAUGGCGAGAACAGACAAGCUUGCAACUGUAAAGGUUUUUCAGAAAUUCUACAGAGGUUCAACUGCACUGCCUAGUACAGUUUAAGUCUUGAUCCUUCGCUUAUUUCAGUGUAAGGAUUACUAAAUUGAGAGAGAGAAACACUGCCUGGAUGUAGAGCAAGUAAGUUUGCUAUUGAUAUUCUGAGUGUUCUCACCAGAGCCUCUGCUAAUUGGAGUGGGGCUGGUUAUAGUCCAAGGCUGAUGCUUGCUGGUCACAUGGCUGGCAGGGCAAGUUAUUAAGUUGUUUUGUAAUAAUGGUAACUGAAGCUGAAAAGCCUGAGAUGUGUGUACUCCUGUGCCUGGGCUACCAGUCUAGAGAGGGAUUUUAUUUUUUGGAUUGUGAACUUUUCUAAUUUAGGGCAUGGGUGGGCAUAGUUGGCAUCAUUUCUAUUCAACACAGUCCCUGUAGCUCCUUGUAUAGUAAUCUAGACUGUUGGUGUAUUUAAACCUUUUGUUUACACUUAGUAAAUCUGUUUUCCUGCUGAUGAAAUUAUGGCAUAUUAUCCAACCAGAGAACCUUGUAAAUUGAGUUAAGAUUAUUGUUCCAAGAUACGGCAGGCUGAUUUUCUGAUCAAAGACCUCUAACUUGGAAGUGCAAAGGACUACUUCAAGGUACGAAAAGUAUGUUAUGACCCCAUGGUGGUGAGAGCUAGAUUUUUUUGUAAGGCAGGUCUUGUUCUCUAUUUAAACCUUUUGAUCCUAUUCAGAGUUUUGUCUUAUGCAGAUCUGCUUAUCCAAUUUGACCUUUGGAGGUGGGUUAAAAGGUAACUUGAUUUGCUUGCAAUGUGAAAUUAGAACUCCAUUCACUCAUUACGGUAGCAGAGUUCCAGAUUUUGAUAUUGCAUGUAAUCUGUUUUACUGUUGGCUCAACUUCCAUACCAGUAGUGGGGAAUGUUGAAUAGUUUCCAGUUGUUCCUUGAGCAGGUAUAAAGGUUGGGGGGGAGAAGGGCAGACAGCUGAACGAGAAGUAGACCCAGCUAUUUCUAUAUGUUUUCAGAGCAGACCUAUUCUUACCUACUCCACAUCUUGCCUCCCAGUGUGUGAAACAGGACCUAGGUGUGGGUUUAUCUGGGGUAAAGCUUGACUCUGGAGUGCCUUUUACAAUAAUGGACCUGAAAGCAGGGGAGAGAACCCACACAAUCUUACUGUUUUUUAAUGUAAAAUUUUAGAUUUCUAAAAUGGGGAUAUGGGUUUGACUACUUUUAUGUGGUAACAUAACUGCUAGUUUUAAGUAAACUGGGGAACUUUUGACUUAUGUCUGACAGUUGUCCUGUGUUAAUGUCAAUGUGUAGAAGAUUUAUUCUUCCAUAUACUGUAGCUGCUGUAUUUUAGACUAAAACUGAUUGAUUGAAUGCUAAUGCUGAAAGGCUGUAAACUUUCUGAUGCAGUUUGUAGCCAGUGUGGAUGUAACUUUUCAGAUCUGUAUAUUGGUAAUAAGUCAGUUUGAAAAGUCUAAGCUACAAUAAAUUUCUGGUUCUAAAAUCUG